UGCGGCUCUUGAGUAGAGCAUUGGAUUGUGGGUAUCUUGUGUUUCCUGAUAGACUCUGACAGACAGUCAGCUGCUGCAGGAAAGUUUUGACAUAGUUUUAUAGCUCUCUGUAUCUAGAGAUAAUCAUAUGUUAUCGUGUUGGAACCUCAUUCCCUCUGUGCGCUUUUCAUCGGACAUCGAUUAUCAUACUGUAAAUCAAUCCGCUUUAUAGCUUUAUGUUUAUUUAAAAAAGAAAAAAAAAGAAAAAGACCGGUCACUUGGAAGAACUUUCGGAAUGAGUUUGAACGAGCACUCUUUGCAGGCUCUGUCAUGGAGAAAACUCUACUUGAGUCGAGCCAAAUUAAAAGCCACCAGCCGCACUUCAGCUCUGUUGUCGGGCUUCGCAAUGGUUGCCAUGGUGGAGGUGCAGCUGGAGCGGGAUUACACAUAUCCUCCAGGGCUGCUUAUAGCCUUCAGCGCCUGCACCACGGUUCUGGUUGCAGUGCACCUCUUUGCCCUCAUGAUCAGCACCUGCAUCCUCCCUAACCUUGAGGCCGUCAGCAACGUUCACAACCUCAACUCUGUCAACGAGUCUCCCCAUGAGCGCAUGCACCGCCACAUAGAACUGGCCUGGGCUUUCUCCACAGUCAUCGGCACCCUCCUCUUCCUCACAGAGGUGAUGCUCUUGUGCUGGGUGAAGUUCUUGCCCCUCAAAAGCAACAAAGAAGAAAACAACGGCACCAUAAGUUCUGGUGAGGCCGCAGCCAUCGCUUCCACUUGCAUCAUGGUGCCGUUUGGAAUUGUUUUUAUUGUGUUCGCUGUCCACUUUUACCGCACACUCGUUAGUCACAAAACGGACCGACAGAUCCGAGAGCUGGAGCAGGUCAUUCGGCUCCAGAACCAGCUGGAUCACAGGGCUGAAAAUGACGACCUGAAGGCGGCUGUUCAUUUCCCUUGAUUAUAGCCAAUCAGCAUACAACUACAGUGGACAUUCAGCAGUGCUUUUAUUGUGAAAUCUCCUCUUAAAGCUUUAUUUUUAAUGUUUAUAAACUGUGCUCAGAUGCCCUUUUUUUUUUUUUUCGAAAUUGCAAUCUUCAUCUAUCGAGUGUUGCAGUCCACUUUUGGAUAAUGCAUGUUCACCAACUGCUACACAUUAGAUAUUAGUAAAAUAGUUUUACUUUUCACUUGAAGGUAAAUCAUUUGCUCUCAGGCACUAACAUUUAAGUGGCUUGCAACAUGACAUAUCAUAUCGUAUUAUAACAUUACACAUUUUAAGGCUGAAGUCUCUAAAGAACUUUGUAAUGUAAAAAAUGUACUACAUAAUAAUGAAUAAUAAGUUGUUGUUUAGUUGUAAACAAUGGUAGAAAACAGGACUUAAUUUCUUAGGAUUUAAAAUCUUAUUAAGAUCCAUGUCUUGAUCCAAACAAUGGCCCUAAAUUAAAGGUACACUUCCUUGUUUGAAUGUGAGUUAACACGGCCAGAACUUCUUCACAAUAUUCAUAUAAAAGAUGUCUGGUCUUAGUCCAGGUAGAUGCUUCAGUGGUGCUGUUCUUUCUGUGGUUUUUAUUUCAGUAAUUAACUGGUCUAUUGAAGCCAUCAAACUUAAGUUUAUUCUGUGCUGCUGAUGGUUUACUGUAAAACUUGUCGCCAUAGCAGCAUCCACCUGAGGCUUUGUAGGGAGCAUUACCAAGCCUAUAUUGUCAACACAGAUGUUCAUAUUCAAGAUUUGAAUUGUCUGAAUGAAAUAUCAGUUAUAUUAGAAUCACUGCUUCCUUUAAAACCAAAAUUAUGGAACAAGUUGCAUCCUUAUUAAAUAUUUACCAAGAUUUUUCAGUCAGCAUAGGAAAAUUAAGCUUUGAGCAAAACAUUGUUUAGAUAUUUAACAAAAGAAAUAUGACAUAUUAAUGUUAAAAUACAUCAGUAUUCAUGUGUUAUCUGAGGCAAAAGGAACUUCUCUUAAAAAUAAAUACUGGUCAGGGAAUGCUUUUAACCAAAUUGUGGUAUUACAGUGCACAUAUUUUUAUAGCAAGGGUUUGGUGGGAAUCAAAGUGAAUAUUUAAGGGCAGCAUAUUGAGCCGGAUGGUUACGUCUGUGUUUAAGACUCAUUGUUCUUUUCUCAGAGGAGUCAUUCUCUAGGAAACACAAUCUCGGGUAAAAGUUUGAGAAAUUCGCUCGAUCUCAUGUUGCUUUUGCAAUUCUAACAUAUUGUAAUCCAAAGAAUAUUUACUGGUUUUGAAGAAGCAUUUUUAAAUGUGUUAUUACAAAGCAUGCGUGUAUUGGAACUGUGUCUAAAUUUAUAUGUUUUGUACUUUUCAUAGUUUACAAGUUUGAGCAUGAUCACUUUUAGGUUGUAGAUUUUUUAAGGUGUGGAACAUAGAGUGUGUUGUUUUUGUCCUGUGGCACAUUGUUGAAUUGUUCUACACGUGUUUGACAGUUUACUUAACUUUUCUCUUGUUGUUAGCUUAAAAUUAGUACAUAAACUCAAAAGAAGAAAUGUGUGCACACGGCAUGUUUAAUACUGCCAUGAUAUUUGAAAAUUUUCAUAUCCCAAAAUAUGAAUCCCUAAAUAUGUUGAAUUAGCAAAAAACAACAUGAGAAUAUUUGAAUAUAUUGAAAUAUUUGAAAAAAAAAUGUGUUUUGUCUUUUGGUCAGCAAACACAGUACAACCAUUUCUAAUCUAUGCCAUAAACAUGAAUUUGAAUAUGUCUCAUGUGAUUUAUAUUGUAACAUAAUACCAAGGUAAUGCAGCAGUCAUUAGUGCCAUGCCAGUUUUGUCUGUAUUAGCCACCCCCUAUACGUGUUUCAUGAUGAGUCAUGGUAAUGUAAUAUCAUCUGUAGACCACAAGCUCCCUAAAUUUGGAUUCAAAUUCUCCUGUGCAGAUAGUAAUAUCUCUGGGCCAUGUCGCAGAGAACAAGGAGCCUUGAGGGGUUAGUAACUCACAGACUGUUUAGUAAAAUGAUCAUUACCCUUCUCCACACUGUUGAUGGUGUUUCUUUAUGACUUUGUUACAGGAACUAAAUAGACAGGUUAAUGCAGAUCGACUGCACACACUCUGGGACACUUGUGAUAGGAAUAUUCUCCAUGUGCCUUCUUUAAACACAGAUCAAUGCAAGCAAAGGCAAGUUUCUUUGGUUCAUUAUUGUGGUUUAUUUAUUUAACCCAGUGUAUGGUAAUGUAUAUAGACAGGUUCCACUGCUUGUGUGAAUGCACAGCUUCAAAGUGAAUUAUCAGCAAAUACUGUAUUUUGAAGUUUUACUUAUGUGUGGUGUUAGCAGCUCAAGAAGCUGCAGCUUUUUCACCUGGUAAGUCUCUCCAGGACAUUUGUUGCCAGUUUGAAUAAAACACA